UGUUGUCUCUCUAAAAACAAUAUCCUCUUUUUAAGGAGAAGAAAAUAACAUCACACACGCACAGACACUGGUUUUGAGAUCAAAACCAGUGGAGAGCGAUCGAGCUAGUUUGCUAGGAACAACAUAACACACCGUACCACAAUGAAUCAUCGACCUUUCCAAGACAACAUGAUGUUCAUCCCUCAGUUAUACCCCGCCGAUGCACCAUACACUCAAAUAAUUGCUCAACAAGGGGAGAGUAAGAAGCCAAAACGCCGUCGUGGUAAGAAGAACAAAGGAGGAGAGAACGGUGCCUCCGAAGCCAACAGGAAGAGGAAGCUCAGUGCCGAGCAAGUUAAUCUACUUGAGCAGAACUUUGGAAAUGAACAUAAACUUGAGUCUGAGAGGAAAGACAGGCUCGCAUUGGAGCUUGGUCUGGACCCUCGACAAGUUGCAGUGUGGUUUCAAAACAGAAGAGCUCGCUGGAAGAACAAAAAACUAGAAGAAGAGUACUCACACCUUAAAAAAUCCCACGAAGCCAACUUGCUCGAGAAAUGUCGAUUGGAGACCGAGGUAUUGAAGCUGAAAGAUCAACUUUCUGAGGCGGAGAAGGAGAUCCAGAGGCUGUUGGAGAGUGGUGAUAGAGUUCCGAGUAACAGCUCUAGCUCGUCACAGUCACAGUCACAGUCACAAUCACAAUCACAAUCUAUGGAAGCGGUGGACCCAGCAUUCUUCGGGGUGUUCGGAGUUGAUGGGUAUGAUGAUGAUGUGUUUUACGGGCCCGAGACUCACUGCAUGAACGCCUUGGAAUGGAUUAAUCUGUAUAUGUAAACAAAUAGGAGUUUAGAAUUAUGUAGAUAAUGUGAAUGAUCCAAUGUAUAUUGUUCCUAGCUAGGUAGCUAAGUGUGUUUGUUUGACUAUGGUUUGGAAUUGGAAAGUAUCCAUUAACAUAAUA